UCUAAACUCGGAGACCCAAAAGGCCAAAACUUUCACGUAGCAGAGACUCAAAGCGUAAAACCCAAAUCAAGCAAUUCGAUCCGGAUUCGUUUUUCGGAGUCCGAUUUUAAAUUUAUAGUCGAAACGGAGAGAAAUGUCGGAGGGGGAGAGAGAGCACCCAAGGCUGAUUCUGCACAAUUUCCUCUCGCCGGAAGAGUGCAAGGAGCUCGAGUUCAUACACAAGAGUUGCAGUACGGUCGGGUACAGACCAAAUGUCUUCUCCACCACUCUCUCUCACCUCAUCGCCACCAAUUCUCCUCACCUCAUUAUCCCUUUCGUCUCCAUUCGAGAAAGGUUGAAAGAGAAAAUGGAGGAAACAUUUGGGUGUGAGUAUGAGCUGUUUAUCGAAUUCACAGGUUUAAUUAGCUGGUGCAGAGGAGCUAGCAUUGGGUGGCACAGUGAUGAUAACAGACAGUAUCUGAAACAAAGGGAUUUCGCGGCAGUUUGUUACUUGAAUAGCUACGGGAAAGAAUUCAAAGGCGGGCUUUUUCGUUUUCAGAGUGGAGAACCAGCAACUAUUGCUCCUUCGGCUGGAGAUGUUAUCAUGUACACAGCUGAUGACCGGAAUAUUCAUUCGGUUGAUGAGGUAACAGAUGGAGAAAGAUUGACACUUGCACUGUGGUUUAGCCGGGAUUCAUCUCAUGACGAGGAUUCUAAGCUUGUUUCUCGUCUUUCCCAAUGCACAUUAUCAUCACAUAGAUUUUGCCUUCCUUUGCCUGCAUCUACUAACAUGUACUGGUUCUGUCCUCAUCAAGAGGCUAAUCAAAACAUAGGUUUUGAAAUCUGCGUUGCGAGGUUGCAUCUUCUUGAUUUCGAGUUACAUAGCUUACAAGACAAAGAUCAUUCUCUAGAGGCCUCUGAACAACUCAUGGGGCCACUACAAAUAGCUAAAGGAAGAGAGUUGCUCACCAGAGAGUUUAAGAACAUUCUUCAUGCUCUUCAGGUUGUUCAGUUCUACCAUUGGAAAGCUUCUGAACUCAAAACUUCUAAUGUCGAAAAUGACACUGUAGAAGAGGUGAAAGCUAUGACCCAACCGCAUUUGGAAACUAUCAAUGCCCUGAAAUCAGUUUUCCUGCCAGACGAGGGCCUCGUAACCACAAUUUUUGGACAUUCAUGCUCCAAUGGGGAUAGGAAGGAUUCACUUGACUUGACGGAUAUAUCACCUGCGAUUACCUCUUGGGAAGAGUAUACUUGUAAGCUACACAAGGAGCUAGUAUCAUCCUUGCCUCAAUGGAAAACGUAUCAGACUAUACAUAAAGUCGAUUAGAUCUCUUCUGUUUUUUUUAUCUAUAAACGUUUCUGCUAUUGGAUCUCUUCUGUUUUUUUAUUCCUCCCUC